AGCACCUGGUAUUCGGCGCUCCGUCAAAAUAGGUCCUUCCUUUCUUCUCUGUGGUCAGAGUAGUUGAUGUGGGGUGUCUGGCUGUGAGUCGUGAAACAUUUUCCUUUAAUUCUCCAAGAAUAUAACUCAGCAUGACUAAAGAGGAAGUCCAUGGUGCAACAGAGGAGGAGCAGCAGGCUCAGUCAAAAAAAGCCCUGAAGAAACAGCAGAAGGAAGCGGAGAAAGCUGCAAAAAAGGCUGAGAAACAGGCCAAGCUGGCUGCCGAACAACCAAGCACGGAGGAAGAUGACUUUGCCAAGGACCAAUAUGGUGUGGCAGCUAUGGUCCAGUCCCAACAAAAACUGGACAGGGCAUUGGUACAGAUCCAAGAUCUUACUCCUGAGAAAGCUGACCAGCUGAUCUGGCUGCGUGCCCGAGUCCACACCAGCAGAGCCAAAGGGAAGCAAUGCUUCUUGGUCCUGCGUCAUCAGCAGUUCACCGUGCAGGCACUAGUUGCAGUGGGAGAUCGUGCAAGCAAGCAGAUGGUCAAGUUUGCUGCAAACAUCACCAAGGAAAGCAUCGUAGACGUGGAGGCGUUGGUGAGGAAAGUGGAGCAGAAGAUCGAGAGCUGUUCUCAGCAGGACGUGGAGCUCCACGUUGAGAGGAUUUUCGUCAUCAGCCAGGCAGAGCCUCGUCUCCCACUGCAGUUAGAGGAUGCUGUCAGGCCUGAUGGAGAGGGGGAAGAGGAAGGCAGAGCCACAGUCAACCAGGACACCAGGCUGGACAACAGGGUGAUUGAUCUCAGGACGACCACCAGCCAGGCCAUCUUUCGCCUGCAGUCAGGUGUGUGCCAGCUCUUCAGAGACACCCUCGCCAAAAAGGGCUUUGUGGAGAUCCAGACCCCUAAAAUCAUAUCAGCUGCCAGUGAAGGAGGAGCCAACGUCUUCACAGUGUCCUACUUUAAAACCAGCGCCUACCUGGCCCAGUCUCCUCAGCUGUACAAGCAGAUGUGCAUCUGUGCUGACUUUGACAAGGUCUUUUGUGUGGGUCCAGUUUUCAGGGCUGAGGACUCCAACACCCACCGUCACCUGACUGAGUUUGUGGGUUUGGAUAUUGAGAUGGCCUUCAACUACCAUUACCACGAAGUGAUCGACUCCAUCACUGACACUAUGGUUCAGAUCUUCAAAGGCCUGAGAGACAACUUUCAGACAGAGAUCCAGACGGUGAACAAGCAGUUUCCCAGUGAGCCAUUCAAAUUCCUAGAGCCUACUCUGAGGUUAGAGUACACCGAGGCCGUGGCCAUGCUGCACGAGGCCGGGGUAGAGAUGGGUGACGAGGAUGACCUCAGUACGCCCAAUGAAAAGCUUCUUGGCCGUCUUGUCAAGGAAAAGUAUGAUACUGACUUCUAUGUGCUGGAUAAGUACCCACUGGCUGUUAGACCCUUCUACACAAUGCCUGAUCCAAACAACCCUAAAUACUCCAACUCAUAUGAUAUGUUCAUGAGGGGAGAGGAGAUCCUCUCUGGGCUUUUAAAGGUUUAAAGUUAUUACACAUAUUUCACAACUGAACUACUUUCUUUUUAUGAUACCACAGAUCUGGAGAAGAUCAAGGCAUACAUUGACUCCUUCCGGUAUGGCGCUCCCCCACACGGCGGCGGAGGCAUUGGCCUGGAGAGAGUCUGCAUGUUGUACCUUGGUCUUCACAAUGUACGUCAGACCUCCAUGUUCCCACGUGACCCCAAACGCCUGACCCCUUGAAUCCUCCAGCACCUGGGCAAACCCCAGUCAUUACUGAACUAACAGACAGAUGUGUUAACCCAGAAAAGGAGACGAUAUAGGAGCUAGUGCCCCCCUAUGACUCUGAUGUGCCACUACUAUUAACCUUGAAUAUGAAAGAAUAAAUCAGUUCCAACAGUAGGGGGAACUUUAUUGAUUGAUGUGCAUAAUUGUCUAACAGCAACAAAUAACAGAUACAUUAAAGAGAAAGAAGAGUUGGCCAGCAAUUUAAAGAAUUCGCUGGAAACCUGUACAGAUUGAAUCCCUCUCUUAACCAAUGAGGCAGUGUUUGUCUGAGUUCUUUUCUAUGGAGAUGUUUUAGAGAUACUUUAAUA